AUACAAUACCUGCAAACAAUAUAUAUACACACAACUUUUUGUAUAGGCACCUCCGCCUCACCAUAGCUGCAGCCCCCCACCAUCCCCCACAAUACCCAUCUCCGAUAUCCAUCUAUAUCCAAUUCCAAGCAUACCCGUCUCGAUUUUAUCCCCGAAAACACCUAAAGUUUGAAUCUUUUAGGGUUUCUUUAAUUUUUUUUGAAACCCUAGGCUGAGAGAGGGGAGAGAGAGAUCCAUGGCUCAAAAUGAGCAGCAGGGGGGUCAGGGAAAUGGAAAUGGAAUAGACCCAGUUGUUCUUGAUGAUAUUAUCAAUAGGCUUUUGGAGUUUAGGCAAGCUAGGACGGCCAGGCAGGUUCAGCUUUCUGAGAAUGAGAUCCGCCAGCUCUGCGCUGCGUCUCGAGAAAUCUUUCUCCAGCAACCUAAUUUAUUGGAGCUUGAAGCACCCAUCAAGAUCUGUGGUGACAUUCAUGGGCAAUAUGGUGACCUUUUAAGGCUUUUUGAGUAUGGAGGGUUUCCUCCUGAGGCUAAUUAUUUGUUUCUUGGGGACUAUGUGGAUCGUGGCAAACAGAGCUUGGAAACGAUAUGCCUACUCCUUGCAUACAAAAUUAAAUAUCCAGAGAAUUUCUUUCUUCUUAGAGGAAACCAUGAAUGUGCUUCCAUUAACAGGAUAUAUGGAUUCUAUGAUGAAUGUAAGCGGCGUUUUAACGUGAGACUCUGGAAAGUGUUUACUGACUGUUUCAAUUGCCUUCCGGUGGCUGCUCUCAUAGAUGAUAAAAUUCUUUGCAUGCAUGGCGGCCUUUCUCCAGAUUUGACCAACUUAGAUCAGAUAAGAAAUAUAACUCGUCCAACAGAUGUUCCAGACUCUGGUUUGCUCUGUGAUUUACUUUGGUCUGAUCCUAGUAGAGAAGUCAAAGGCUGGGGAAUGAAUGAUAGGGGAGUCUCAUACACUUAUGGCCAAGAUAAGGUUGCUGAGUUUCUGAUGCAGCAUGAUAUGGAUCUGGUUUGCCGUGCUCAUCAGGUUGUGGAAGAUGGGUAUGAAUUCUUUGCUGAACGUCAGCUUGUAACAAUUUUCUCAGCCCCAAACUACUGUGGUGAAUUUGAUAAUGCUGGUGCAAUGAUGAGUGUCGAUGAAAGCUUAAUGUGCUCCUUCCAGAUUUUGAAGCCUGCAGAUAAAAGACCUAGAUUUCCGUGAUGCAAGUCUUGAAUUCUCCAAUGUAGUUGAGAAUUCCUUGGUCUCCAUUGAGUGUACUUUGAAGAUGCUGACGUCUAAGCUUUGUAACAGUUAAGCUGCAAGUGAAGCCAUUAUCCAUUUAACUGGUAGACCUUUGUUGAAGGCACAAUAUGCCUUGUGAAGACAUUUCAGGGAUAUCGUUUUCUCUUUUUUAACCAAGGCAAAUUAAUAACUUGGCUGGCUAUUAGUCUCCAAGUAUUAUUUGUAUUCUCAUUCUGCAAAUUUAAGAUGACCAUGUAUAUACAUUGGAUUUUGUAGAACUCUUGUUAUAGAUUGUCUGCAAUAGUUGGUUAACUUUCUCCAGCC